CUCGUCCCGACAGCACUCCUGUUUAAAAUACAUUUAUUUUCAUUGUUAGGGUGGCCAAUGGAGUAUCUGGUCAAUAUAAUGGAUAAUCUGUGAUAUGUACCUUCAUCGAUUUCCGGCUACUUUCGGUUUACCACUCAAACGCACCCAGUGCCUACAAGUGUGACGUCCUGGAUAAGCAGUUCCUGUAUUAUCCUUGCUAUUCGGGAUGCUUGGAACGUCUCAACUCUGACGUUACACCAUUAAAGUUUAUAUUUUAAAUGGUUAUGAUACUUCUUUUUACAGAUCGAUGUUAAGAAAUCAUGUCAGUACAAUUUCUGGUAAAGGACACCGAUACUUUGCUGUUUUUGACGUCCAACUCAUCCAACCCACAGUCAUUGCAUUAAAAAUACAUCUAAAACCUGUGACGGUUUCGUAUGGGCCUGUCUGAUCUUGGCAGCGUGAUAAAGUUCGAUAUUAAACAGCAGCAGGUCAGAGCAGCUGGGAUCAAAUCCUAUUUUCCUACAGCAGCAUCAGUGUGAAAGUACAAGUAUGAGUCAGGCAAGGACAAUGAGUUUGGAAGAGCAAAUCAGGAGCCUCUCACCAGUUGCAGCACAAGCCCUGGCAAUUGCUGAAAUUACAGAUGACAUUGACAUUCAAGAGUUAACAAGAGCAGAUCUGAACGAACUUCUGCCAGGCUUUCAUCAUUUAAAACUUAGAAAGAAGAUCAGUGAACUUAUAAAUAAAUCUAAACAGAACACAGCUAAACCUAUUGCUUUAGUUCUUAACAAGCUAAGGGAAUUCCUUCCGGUUGAUGUCAUGGAGAAUGCACUUGUUCCCGGGGGAGUGUUACAUGGCUACUUACCUAUUCUUAGAGAUUUGGAGAAGCAGCUGGCCGAAGCCCUGUACUUCAUUCAGGCACACGUUGGUUUGCUCGAGAGCUACAUUAGAGAAGAGUCCAUGGAGGCUCAGAGCAGUGCUGCAUCUCCAUCAGUUGACUCUGCUACAGCAGGAAACCAGCCAUCAAAUGUUGAGGUCCAGAAAACAUCUGUUAAUCGCACCUCAGGAUCAUCAGCCUUAUGUGCCGCUGACAGCCAGCCCAAACAAUACAGAACAGAAGUGUCUGGUGCGCCGAACAGACCCACCUUCAAAGAAACUCAAGAUGAGACCUCAAUGUCACACUCUCAUACUUCAGGAGCAGCUGAUAAGAUGUCCUCAUCUUGGUGGGAUAUUGAACCUCCAAAUAAGAAACAAGCAGUUAAAGUCCAUUCACAAGUCUGUGGAAAAACCCUGAACACUCACCUUGCACUCAUGAAACAAGUGGAUGAUCUGGCAGUAGGACUAAAGCGAGAGGAGACCAAACCAGAAGACUGCCAAGUCAUAAUAGUCUUCUGUCCUAUUACAUCUCGUGUGGGAACAGACAUUGAUGCCGCCAUGAGCAAUGUUCAAAGUAACAAAGAUGUCAUUCUAGUGGUGAUGCACCAUACUUUUGAUCACUGCUUUGUCACAAGCCAGAGAUAUGCAUCUCACUACAUAAACGUAGUGGAGGAAGUUAAUGUUCUCUUCCAUGACUCUUUGGGACUUCUGCGUUGUGAAACAAAUGAUAAGGCAGUGACUCUCAUACACAAGGCCUUACUCAAAAACAGCAGCACUACUUACAAACGUUAAGUGCCCCCUGGUGGCAACAAAGUAGUGUCUGAAGUUUAACACGCAAACAUGAUUUAAAAACCUCAUUCUACCAUUUCAAGGCGUUGGUAAUUCAUUCUAGUUCAGAAUAAAGCAUGUCAAUCUGUGUAGUCAACCAAAUGAAUGACUGUUGAUACUCAAGCAGGACUAAAUUAGAUGUCUCACUGUAGAACAGCUGGUGUAAGGGAAUCUUUGCAGUAGCUGACCUCCAAGCAUGCCCUCUUAACACUACCAAUCAUGUGGGAUGCCUCGUGUGAAUUUCAGCUUUUCCUUCUUUUGGUAUUAGAAGCACUUAAUGUUGUUGGAUGUACUUUUAACAAAUGCUUGUCUAUGUCACUACUCAAUAAGAGAUUGAAAAGUUGUAACUACAGUAUCAUUAAAUUAUAUUUAAUUUGCUUACA